AGUCCAUAUUUGUCCGCUUCGUGCACAGAGGAACACGCAUCGAGAGAGCUGCUUUGUUUGAUGAUUCUUUCUUUCUUUUUCAUUCAUAGAUUUGGUGUAGAAGUUUGUUUUUUUUUUCCCUGGGAUGACGCGCGCGUCUGCAGCUCUUUCUCAGAGGGAUCAUUUUUAAACGGAAACCUGACAAGAGUGAGUUGUUGUCAGUCUUGAUGUGCAGCUGCAACAUUCUCGAUCUCAAACCACUGGGCAGAAGCCGAGAGCAGGUCACACAUACCCAAAUAUGUGCGUAAUUGGAGUGCAGUGGCGAGGCGUCCCUUGCACCCCCACGGAGUCAGCGCUGUCGUGAUGUUCAAUACUUCGGGAAUUGAGCUCACUUUUAACAAGAAAGAGGAUAUUUCCGAAGUUAUCAAUGGCACUUUGCAGCUGCUGUACAACGUUUUCGUCACCACCAGUCCCACCACCAUGUGGAACGAGUCGUGCGGGGAGCAGCUGCAGGAUUUCGGGCGCCCGGAAAAGAUCCUCAUCGGGGUGAUGUUGGCGAUCAUCACGGCGGUCACGGUGAUGGGAAACACGCUGGUGGUGAUCGCGGUGUGCGUGGUGAAGAAGCUGAGGCAGCCGUCAAACUAUCUGCUGGUCUCCCUCGCGGUGGCGGACCUGUCAGUGGCCAUAGUUGUGAUGCCGUUUGUGAUAGUGACGGACCUAACCGGGGGAAAGUGGCUUUUUGGAGAGGUCUUCUGCAACAUUUUCAUUGCCAUGGAUGUAAUGUGCUGCACCGCCUCCAUCAUGACCCUGUGUGUUAUCAGCGUAGACAGAUAUCUGGGGAUCACACGGCCCCUCACCUACCCCGCACGGCAGAAUGGUCAGCUGAUGGCAAAGAUGAUCCUGGGAGUGUGGUUGGUAUCAGCAUCCAUCACCCUGCCACCUUUCUGCGGCUGGGCUAAAAACGUCCACACAGCGGGUGUGUGCCUAAUUAGCCAAGACUUUGGCUACACCAUCUAUUCCACAGCUGUAGCCUUCUACAUCCCAAUGCUGGUCAUGCUCGUCAUGUACUACAAGAUCUUCAGGGCAGCUCGAAAGAGUGGCGCCAAGCACCGCUUCACUGACCUCUUGCGCCGUGAGCGCCUCGAAACAGUGGCUAAUGAGGCGCUGCGUAUGCAGGGCCUGAAGCCGCCCGGCGUGGCAGAGGAGUGCGCUGCCCUGUCGCGCCUGUUGAAUCGUGAACGCAGAAACAUCUCCAUCUUUAAGCGGGAGCAGAAAGCAGCGACAACACUGGGGGUGAUCGUUGGGGUCUUUGCUGUGUGCUGGCUGCCAUUCUUCAUCCUGUCCACUGCCAGACCCUUUAUCUGUGGGACGGAGUGUAGCUGUGUGCCAAUCUGGCUGGAGCGCACGCUGCUCUGGUUAGGCUACGCUAACUCUCUGAUGAACCCCUUCAUCUACGCCUUCUUCAACCGAGACCUGCGAUCCACUUAUCGUGACCUUCUGCGAUGUCGUUAUCGCAACAUCAACCGCCGACUGUCUGCUGUGGGCGUGCACGAGGCUCUCAAGGUUUAAAGCGUGGUAUUUUAUCAGCUCAUAUGACUCUUAGAGAGAGGGUGUUCUCUUGGUGCUUACAAGGCGAUGAGUACACAACAGGCCUGAAGAUCAGAUAAAUAACAACAGGAUGGCAUCACUGUUGGCGGCUCUCCGGCCCCUCCACAGAGGCAGCGACAUGGCAGGAUCACAAUGGUGUGUUUGUGACUCAGUCAGUCUUUCUAUUUUUGGAAACAGAACCAUACAGCGUGCUUGAUGGGCUAUUCAAGUCGACGCAGCGUUUGUGCAGAUGCCACAAUUCCGUCCUGGCUCCGGAUUUAUAGCAGUAUAAUGUAGUGAGAGAGGAAAAGGCAUGUAAACAAAAUCAAUCAUCCCAGGGCUUUCAAAGGGAACAGAAGGAGAACAGAUUUCUGUGUAAAAAAAAAGUGUUGGAUAAGAAAAAAAAAAAAUUUUGUGGCACAAUGUCAUCUGAACAUCUUCAUUUGAACAUGCGUUUAAGCAGAUCAAAGAUUCAUUUCCGAGGAAAACUGAGGAAUAAUGUGCUUUAUCAGGACUGUUUAUCAUUUAUGUCACUUUAUCUCCAGCCGCAGUUUUCAAUUUAGUCCUUUCUCUAAAUUUAUAAAGAGCACCUUAAAUGUGUCACACAUGUUUAAAAUGUGAUGUUGCGGAGGAAGUGGAAGUGUGCAGAAUCUGGUGCCAAAAUGCUAAAUGAAGGGAACAUUUUACAUUCAUGAAAUCUGUGUUUGUUGCUUUGAAAAAAGUACUUUGUUUUGUGUCUGCAUGAAACAUAUUUGUCUUACAAGCCACUGUAUGCAUAUAUCAUGACAGAUUUUGAAUUAUGGAUGACAGUUCAGCAGAAGUGCUGUCAUUUUUCAGCCACUUUAACACACACACUUGAAUUUCUAAAUGAACUCAGUUCUUUUUGUGUCGAUAACCAUGAUACUGUGGACUUUUUUUCUUGCCUUUGUUGGUUCGAUUCAACAUUUAGCUGCUGUAAUUAUUGUUUCUUUUAUAGCCAACCUGACCCAUUGAACUUUGCAGUUACACUUAAAUGAUUUUACAUUAUUUUAUUCCCUUUGCAUCACUGGUCAAUGGAGUUUCUGUCUUCUCUUUGAAACAGGAUGUGGUCACUUCACUGCUCGUCAAACUCUUUGGUGACCUUUACAAACCUGUCAAAUGUCACAAUUCAAGCAGUGUGUGCUUCUUCUACCUCGAUUUUUUGAGAACACUGUACAUUUCCUCCAAACAGAUGAACCACUGUCUUGAACCAUUUUGUAAUUAACUACUAUUUUAUAUCGUGUAAGAGUGAUCCGUCUACAAAAGCUCUGUGACUUCUCUGUACGAUCACUUUGUCAAUCCCUCCAGAAACAAGCUGGAGAAGUGGCAAAGCAUUUCAUCACUUUGUAAAUAAAGAAACACUUGGUUAAAAAUGUCA